AUGGCAACUGCUUCUUCUUCUUCUUCUUCUCCUCCUCGUCCUCAAUCCGGAUCCGCCACUGAGUCUCUGGAGGCAUUCGAGCGCGUGCACGCGCUGCUCCGGCGCUACAACGACAACCCCGAGGACGUACCAGACAUGGCGGAGCAGAUGAGAGCCCUACUGCCAGACAGCGUGUUCAUCCGUGAUCUGAGGACGGAGGAUUGGCAAGACAUAGUUCGGUACCAUCUGCGGCGGUACGACGUGGCGCGUGCCGUCAUUGACCGGCACCUGGGUGCGCCGUCGUCGCCGGGACGGAGAUGA